AUGGCGACCGCAAACCGCCCUGCUGAUCCGCUGGCCAAGGGCAUCAUCCCCACUGCCAAACAGAGUUUGAAAGACCUCUUCACCUGGGACCAGCGCAUCGUCGUCACAAACGACUAUGGCGAGGAGCACUGCGAGUGGCAGAGGCCAGAGCCUCUCAAGAACCCCAUUAGUCUCUUCGCCCAGCUUGGCUGGAAGGACUGGCUGUACUUCCUGGUUGGAUUCCUUGCCUGGACAGCUGAUGCUUUCGACUUCCACGCUCUCUCCAUCCAGACCACCAAGCUUGCCAAAUACUACCACACGACCAACACUGCCAUCACAACCGCCAUCACCUUGACACUGCUCCUCCGCUCCGUCGGUGCUGCCAUGUUCGGUGUAGCCGGAGACAAGUUUGGUCGCAAGUGGCCCAUGGUCCUCAACAUGAUCAUUCUCGGUCUGCUCCAGGUCGCUACCAUCUACGCCGGUACCUUCCAGCAGUUUUUGGCUGUCCGCAGUCUUUUCGGUCUCUUCAUGGGAGGUGUUUACGGAAACGCCAUCUCCAUGGCCCUCGAGAACUGCCCUCUCGAUGCUCGUGGUCUUAUGAGUGGUAUCCUCCAGCAAGGAUACUCAUUCGGUUAUGUCCUCGCGGCCUGUGCCAACUUGGGUGUCGGAGGCGCGACCAACACCUGGAAGAUUGUCUUUUGGGUUGGUGCCGGUUUCUCCAUUGCUGUCGGUUUUGUCCGCGUCCUCUUCCCUGAGUCGAAGCAAUUCCUUGAGGCCAAGCGAUCCGGCCAGAAGAAGGCUCCUGGCGCUUUCUGGGCUGAGACUAAGCUCAUGCUCAAGAAGGAGUGGAAGAUGUGCAUUUACUGCAUCAUCCUCAUGACCUGGUUCAACUACUACUCCCACACCAGCCAGGACAGCUACACCACCUUCAUGAAGGAGCAGAAGCACCUCAGCGCCGCCGGUGCUACCCGCGCCUCCAUCCUCAUGAAGACUGGUGCUUGCGUCGGUGGAACUAUUCUCGGAUACACCUCCCAAUGGUUCGGUCGCCGCCGAAUGAUCGUCUGCGCUGUCUUGAUCUCCGGAUGCCUCAUCCCAGCCUGGAUCCUCCCCACCACCGAGCGCGGCCUCUCAGCCUCCGGCUUCAUGAUCCAGUUCUUCGUCCAGGGUGCCUGGGGUGUCAUUCCCAUCCACCUGAGCGAACUUUCCCCCCCUGCCUUCCGCUCUUCCUUUGUGGGUAUCACCUACCAACUCGGAAACAUGAUCUCCUCGCCUUCCGCCCAAAUCGUCAACGCCGUUGCUGAAGCCACUAUCAUCAAGACCGCAAAGGGCGAGCCAUCUCCCGCCUACGGCCCCGUCAUGGGCGUUGCUACUGCCAUCAUUGUUCUCGGCAUUGCCGUCACUACCGCUCUUGGCCCCGAGAAGAAGGGUCGCCACUUUGAAGAGGCUGGUCCUAUUGGCGCUAACAUCACGGCUCCCAAGGACAUCGAGACUGGCAGCAUCCACAGCGAGAAGAACGGCGCAAAGGCCGUCGAAGUUAUUGACAACUCGGAGAAGAACGAGAAGAUUUAA